AUGCAGUCUGCGUUGCUCCGACAAAAGCUUUCCCUUAGGUGGGCUGGGCCCUGGACCCCUCCGGGUGCUACAGAGCUCCGCGCUGCCACUUUGUCCCUUUGCCCGCCCCCUCCUCAAGUUCUGCGUGGGACCCUUGGCUGCAGCGCACACCCUCCGCGACCGCCCGCGCUAGGAGCAGGCCCGGCUUCGAGCCCCGGCGCCCCGACACCCGGCGCUCGCCCGCCCAGGCCCCGCCCCGCCCGGCCGGCUCCGCCCCCCAUCUCCUCCCCGCCCCCCAGCGCGGACGAGUGGCUGCGGCGGCCAGAGGACCCGGCUCCCUCAGACAAGAGGGCGGGUGGAGGAGGAAGCGGCCGAGCCCCGAGCCACUUUCCGGCGCCGCCGAGCACCGCCUGCCUCAGCCGACCAGCCGCGGCGGCUCCUGGGCCUCGCGGAGCCGAGAGGAGCGACAGGCGGAGGCGGCUGCGUGGAGGCGGCGCGGGCGCGGGCGGAGGCGGCGCGGGCGGACGCGGCUGCCGCUUUGUUGUGCGGCCCGGGCCGAGGAAGGAGAAGUGGGAGGAGGGGGGAGCUCGGCGUCCUGCUCCCUCCGCGACUCAUGGCGACGACGCUCGGCACAUCCGGGACCCUCCGGCCGCGGCGGCCGCGGCGCCGGCUGCUCGGGCCCCAGCCCCGGCCGCUGUGCCCCGGGAGCCGGAGGAACGGGCCCGUCAAGCUGCGCCUGACAGUACUCUGUGCAAAAAACUUGGUGAAAAAGGAUUUUUUCCGUAUAUCGGAAAGUCUGAUUCAGUUACGAUCAGUGUAUGGAAUCACAAGAAGAUCCAUAAAAAACAAGGUGCUGGAUUUCUUGGUUGUGUUCGUCUUCUUUCCAAUGCCAUCAACCGCCUCAAAGACACUGGCUAUCAGAGGUUGGAUUUAUGCAAACUUGGGCCAAAUGACAAUGAUACAGUUCGAGGACAGAUAGUAGUAAGUCUUCAGUCCAGAGACCGAAUAGGCACAGGAGGACAAGUUGUGGACUGUAGUCGUUUGUUUGAUAAUGAUUUACCAGAUGGUUGGGAAGAAAGGCGAACAGCCUCUGGAAGAAUCCAAUAUCUAAACCACAUAACAAGAACUACUCAAUGGGAACGCCCAACACGACCGGCAUCUGAGUAUUCUAGUCCUGGCAGACCUCUUAGCUGCUUUGUUGAUGAGAACACUCCAAUUAGUGGAACAAAUGGUGCAACAUGUGGACAGUCUUCAGAUCCCAGACUGGCAGAGAGGAGAGUCAGGUCACAACGACAUAGAAAUUACAUGAGCAGGACACAUUUACAUACUCCUCCAGACCUACCAGAAGGCUAUGAACAGAGGACAACACAACAAGGUCAGGUAUAUUUCUUACAUACUCAGACUGGUGUGAGCACAUGGCAUGAUCCAAGAGUGCCUAGGGAUCUUAGCAACAUCAAUUGUGAAGAGCUUGGUCCAUUGCCUCCUGGAUGGGAGAUCCGUAAUACAGCAACAGGCAGAGUUUAUUUUGUUGACCAUAACAACAGGACAACACAGUUUACAGAUCCUCGGCUCUCUGCUAACUUGCAUUUAGUUUUAAAUAGGCAGAACCAGCUGAAAGACCAACAGCAGCAGCAGGUAGUGUCCCUGUGCCCUGAUGACACAGAGUGUCUGACAGCCCCACGGUACAAGCGAGACUUGGUUCAGAAACUGAAAAUUUUGCGUCAAGAACUUUCCCAACAGCAGCCUCAGGCUGGCCAUUGCCGCAUUGAGGUAUCAAGGGAAGAGAUUUUUGAGGAAUCUUAUCGACAGGUCAUGAAAAUGAGACCAAAAGAUCUCUGGAAGCGAUUAAUGAUAAAAUUUCGUGGAGAAGAAGGCCUUGACUAUGGUGGGGUUGCCAGGGAGUGGUUAUAUCUCUUGUCACAUGAAAUGUUGAAUCCAUACUAUGGCCUCUUCCAAUAUUCAAGAGAUGAUAUCUAUACAUUGCAGAUCAAUCCUGAUUCUGCAGUUAAUCCGGAGCAUUUAUCAUAUUUCCACUUUGUUGGACGAAUAAUGGGAAUGGCUGUGUUUCAUGGACAUUAUAUUGAUGGUGGUUUCACAUUGCCUUUUUAUAAACAGUUACUUGGGAAGUCCAUUACUUUGGAUGACAUGGAGUUAGUUGAUCCAGAUCUUCACAACAGUUUAGUGUGGAUACUUGAGAAUGAUAUUACAGGUGUUUUGGACCAUACCUUCUGUGUUGAACAUAAUGCAUAUGGUGAAAUUAUUCAGCAUGAACUUAAACCAAAUGGCAAGAGUAUCCCUGUUACUGAAGAAAAUAAAAAGGAAUAUGUCAGGCUCUAUGUGAACUGGAGAUUUUUACGAGGCAUUGAGGCCCAAUUCUUGGCUCUGCAGAAAGGAUUUAAUGAAGUAAUUCCACAACAUCUGCUGAAGACAUUUGAUGAGAAGGAGUUAGAGCUCAUCAUUUGUGGACUUGGAAAGAUAGAUGUUAAUGACUGGAAAGUAAACACCCGGUUAAAACACUGUACACCAGACAGCAAUGUUGUCAAGUGGUUCUGGAAAGCUGUGGAGUUUUUUGAUGAAGAACGACGAGCACGGUUGCUUCAGUUUGUGACAGGAUCAUCUAGGGUGCCUCUGCAGGGCUUCAAAGCUUUACAAGGUGCUGCAGGCCCACGACUCUUCACCAUCCACCAGAUUGACGCCUGCACUAACAACCUGCCCAAAGCCCACACUUGCUUCAAUCGAAUAGACAUUCCACCCUAUGAAAGUUAUGAAAAGUUAUAUGAAAAGCUGCUAACAGCCAUCGAAGAAACAUGUGGAUUUGCUGUGGAGUGAGGAACAGAAGAUUUACUUACCCAGGACUCUAUUCAUGCCCCUGGGCGGACGGACAGCCUCCUUUCAGCAGAGUCUCAAGGAAGCUGAAAUAUGGGAAAAUGCCCUCCCCAGCUCCUCCCUCCCCGCCCUCUGCCCUUUAAAAAAAUUUUUAGGACACUGUGAGGGGAAAGGACAACUUUGAAAUUCCUUUUCAAGGAAAAAAAGAGGUCUUUAUGCUUUGCCAUGAGGCCACAUUCAGCUGCUAUUUAAAAUUAAUAUCUUGAACCUAAAGAAUGCUGACUUUUCCUACAUUUCCAGAAUUAGGCAGUAUUCUACAUUUAAAGACUACUACUAUUUUUAUAAAAGGUAAUCUAUUCAAAUUGCUUCACAGAUUUCAAGUCUCAAACAUCAAGACAACUUCAGCAGUCGGUACAAGUCACAUUUCAUUUUGAUUGAAUACGUGAUUUUAAACAGCUCCUGUACUUGCUCUUUGUAAAAAAAUAAAAUAAAAUUAUUUUGAAUUAUUAUACCUUUGUAAACAAUUGGCUAAAGUAAUCAUUAUCUUUAAAAAAUCAAGCCAUUUACAUGUUUAAUUACAUUUUUCUAUAGCAAAGCAUUAUAUUUUAAAAGCAUUAUAUGUUUCAACCUAGCGUUAAGUGAAGCUUUUUUAUAUUUUUCAAGCAUGAGUUUCCUGGAAUACAGCUAUAUAAUUUUGAUUGUCAAGUUCCUAAUCCAACCACUUAGUCUCAGCUUAGCUUAUUUGCUACAAUAAGAUGCAUUCAGGGGCUCCCUGUUUUUAAGAGACUUUAAAAAAAAUCCUAACUUUUUAUCUUCAAUCAAUAUGAUCAGGUAUUUUGGAUUUACUUUUCAUCUUAAGUGGAAAUACUGCAUUUUUGUAGCUCCGCAGAUCAUGUGGAUGGGAUUGGAUUUUCAUUCUUUUGCUGGGUCAGUUUAUAUUUAAUGUAUAUUUACUAUUCCUGUAAACCAAAGUCUCCUAUGACACCUGCACCUAAUUUAUAUUUUAAUUACAGUGUUUCUGCCAAGUAAACUGUCCUGAAUCUAUCUUUAGCUACUCAUGAUAUUUAUUUAUCAGCUAAAAUUAUGAAAAAGGAGAACUUUUGCUCUAAAGAUUAUUUACAAGUUUAGGAAACCCUGCUUUUAUGUAACAAAAUGAAGGUGGGGGUGGCAGGGCAGGGGAUGUGAUUACUAAAGAAACAGUGAUUCUAACUAUGGUAAAAGUUACUUUAAAAGGAGUUAAUUUUGCAAGUAAGGGAAUCCCAGUCCUUUUUGGUGUUGAAGAUCAGCCUCUGAUUUUGAAAUACACAGAUUUAGCCUAACUUCAAGGUGUACAGCAUGUUGCGUGGUCCAGAAGGCAACCAAAAUUCUGGAGUGAGGGAUUGGAAAAAAUCUGAAGUCAUUGAUGGAUUUUUAAAUUCAACCAUCAGAAAUCUGCACUAUACUUUUUUUUUUAACAUUUCUGUGAAAUCAAGGAUAGCAAAUUCUGAUGAGAUAGCUUUGCUGAAAUUUUGCAGCUUAAUUAUCAAGUAAAUAGGCUCUUUGUGUUCUUUCAUUUGAUGGAUUGUUUUUUUCAGUCUGUGUUCUUGGAGCUAAGGGGCUCCUCAGAGGUGCCUCAGAAGUAAUGGUUUAAGAAAGGAGGGACAAAGAGGGAGAGAAAGGGCCUGGUUGGGAUUUGGAGUAGGAGCCUCUAACUCCCCACCCCUACCCCUUUACCCAGAGCAGUUCUAGUUUUUCUUUUAUAUAUUGCAAUUUCAAGUAAGCUUUCAUGGCGGGUAGGGGAAUAGGGGGAUAAAAGAAGUGGAAAUUUUGCUGAUGGAAAAAAAUUGAAAACUACUUGUGUAGUUUCCAAAUAUUUCAUUUAUUUCAUUCAGCCAAAUUUGACUGCCAAAUGCAAGCUAGUCAUAGUUGUAACUGUGUGGUGGUAGGGUGCUUAUGCUUACCUUUCCUCUUCCCAGACACUCUUGUUUUCCUACCACAUUCUUAGUAGUACCUAAGAACAUCUUGAAAUGUACAUACAGAAAGUUUCUAUACUAUUUGAUUAUCAGUAGUUUUCAGCUUUCACAAUAGUAAUAGUACCUUUCUGGUUGCAGGUCCAUCUCUUCUAUAUUGAAGCACUAGUGCAGUAUGAUUGUGCCUACUCUUACAAUCUUUCUGUAAAAAGUACACAAUGAACACUUCAGAGAAAUGGUAACUGAUGGAUGCAGUAAUAAUGAAGUGCUACUAUUGUACAAUAUAUAAAGCAGGCAACACCAUCGCUUUUUGAGUGCCUUUUAAACUUUCUAAUAAUGACCUAAUAGAGCUUUAAAGGAAAUAAAUUACUCUUCCUAAGAGUCUAUCAUAUCACCAACAAUUUAUGAAAACAUGAUAAUUUAGAUUUCAUUUUUAAGAUUGUUAACCUGAUUACUUCCCAAACAGGUGCUAAAAAGCAAACAAAAUCCCCCAAUGUGUCAUUGAACCUUGAACUUGCACCUCAUGUUUAAUGUGAAUAUUUAUUUCCACAUGUCCCUCUUAACUGGGCUUUUUCUCAUCCUUCCUAGUUGUUAUUUCAGAUACGUGAUGUCACGUUUCCGUACAUUGCCUUUCCAUCAUGAAUGCUCUAUGAACAGUGGCUAUUUUGUAGAGCUCAUAUGCAGUACAGAGGUGAGUUUUAUUUCAGAGGGUCUUAUUUCUUGAUAUAAAGUUUUUAAAAAGUGCUGUGUCUAGUGUACAUUUUGUUUUGCACAUAGUUUGUUGCCCUGAAUGGGUUUCAUUUUUACCAAGUCGUUUUUUUUCCCCUUUGUAUUGUAUUUACAGUCUAGAGCACAAGUUUCCUUUCUCUUAAAUACAAUGUAAUCUUUGCUUCAUUGUACAACACUAAGUGUGUCUGAACUUCCAGUGCGUUGAACUGAUUGCACUAAUGGAAGUUAGAUUGUUCCAGUCAUCUUUACAGUUUGAUAGAGCAUCUCCUGCUUCUGUUUUUAAGCUGCAGCACAGAGUUAACAGAUGCCAUUUGUGGUAUGUAACGUUUGUAUGUUAGCAGGACGAUUGUACCAAAUGCCGAGUUGUUUUGUUUCUAGAGGUAAUUAGUUCACGUAAUGUAAUACUCUUCCUUCUCUCUGAGUUUAAAAACAAAGUUUUAUCAUUUUCCUUGUAUUUGUAUUUAUUACAGAGUGUUUUAGCUUUGAUAUUCUUUGUAUUUUCAUUCAGUUGUUACAUGAGCUUUAUCAAUAACAUCUGUAUAAACGGUUUUAAAAAUUAACUAUGUAUGUGCCCAUGCCGAAGUUGAGCAAUAAAAUGAAUGCUGUUUGCACUGUCACAGCAUCAAAAUUUUUAAA